GACCUCUAUAGAUGGUAGCCAAAUUGAAGGGAAAACAAGGAAAGAAAGAAACACACAUGAACAAAGAGAGAGAGUGUCUCUUCUGAUAGAUAUAGAAAGAAACUUGAGAAGGGAGAAAAAAAAUGACGACUGAAACAGCUCUAGUUAAUCAAGAAGCUGCCGAAAAUCUCAAGAAAAAUAGAAUUCAGGUGUCGAACACCAAGAAACCUCUCUUUUUCUAUGUCAACCUUGCCAAGAAGUACCUACAGCAACAUAUGGAGGUCGAGCUCUCAGCUUUAGGCAUGGCAAUCGCAACAGUUGUCACAAUAGCUGAGAUUCUGAAGAAUAAUGGAUUUGCAAUUGAGAAGAGUAUUUUGACAUCCACAAUUGGGACGAAAGACGAAAUUAAAAACCGUCAAGUUCAGAAAGCCAGGAUUGAAAUUGUGUUGGGGAAGACUGAAAAAUUCGAGUCACUGAUGAAUCCAAGCCCUGCAACAUCAAACGAGAAAGAAGAAAUCAAGCAGUAGUAUCAACAAAAUUGUCUGAUACUAACCCUCCAUUCUUGUUGUAUCUCAGUUUGAUAUUACUUUUCAAGUUAAACUACUUCUAUGUAUGAUUUUAAUUGAUUAGGUAUGCCAAGUUAAUAUCAAUGCAAUCCAAUAUAAUCUGGUGUUGUAGCUGCACACUCGUCUUUAUAGUUGUAACUCAUUCAAAGUUUCUUUGUAAUCUUGUUUCUUCUCAGGAUUGUUAAAUUAUAGAUGAAGGUUGUGAAAAUUUCUUUUUUUCUCAU